AUGGAUAAUCUUUACACUUAAGAAAUUCGAUAGAGAUAUCAUUCCUCCAUGACUUAUUAAGAAUAUUUAGAUGCUUAUGAUAAACCACCUCCUAAACCUCAUAUUAGGUAUUUGUUUUAAAAAUACAAAGACCAAAAGAGUCUCCUUAAAUACUUGAUCCCUUGAGCCUUGAGCCGCCUAAAGGGCCAAAAAUAUAAUAAUAAAAAUUGACUGUUUAUUCUCCAGAGGAUGUCAUUUUUGAAGAAUCAGAAACUGAUGAGAAACCAAGGGCUGUUAAUCAUAUUCCUUGUUAAAAAGCACUGAAAGAACAUGUAUAUAAAAAACUAAUCCCAAGAAUAUUAGAAUCAGAAGUUAGAGCGAGAACCUAGGAUUUUCAGUAUUUAGAUUUUUGUCAUAGAAGAAGAAUAAAGUCCCAUGAUCCAAUUAUUUUCAUAUAAUAAUUUUUUCUUUUAACACUUUCCCUUUAAUGAUGAUAUAAGCCUUCCUAAUAAAUUUUUGUAGAAAUUAUUAUAGCUUAAAUAUUAACAAAUCAUUUUAUUUGUAAUACUUAAUGCAAGUAAAUUUUAAUUGUAAUAUUGAAUGUAGAACCAAAUCAUAAAGAGAAUUGUAAGUUAGUCAACAAUAUCAAUUUUUGUAUUUCAGAACUUACUUUCUUAGUUUAAUCAUAUUUAUUAAUUAUUUAUCUUACAUUCACUUUUACUUAUUAACUAAUAACUAAGUAAUUAUUAAAUUUUAUGGAUAAGGGUUUAUCAAAUAUGUCUAUAGAAACUAUAAGAUAAUCUGAAAUAUUAGAAGGAAUCUCCUAAAAAUUUUUAGUAGAUAAAGCUACCCAAACAGAUGAAGUGAAAUAUGUAAAGGUUUAGAAGAUUAAUUUUGGGUCAUUAAUAUUUUUAUUGUUGGGGAUAAUCAUUUCAUUUGUUAUUUAUGUAGAUAUAUAAGGCAAACUUAAUAUUCAGUAAUAACAGCUGGAGUAAAAACGAAAAGUUCAUAAAUCAUUUAAUUUAGGGAUGUAUUUUAGAUUAUGAGAAAUAGAAAUGUUUUCUGUAAUUACCGGCAUAAAAAAUAUUUUGUAGAGAAUUGGAAUUAUGUAUAAAUGUGGAUUGGGAAUUGUAAAGAGGAAUCGAAUUAAGUGGUAUAAUUGCUGAUAUGAUAAACAAUUUCAUAGAUCGUAUUAAUUUAAGAGUAAAAAUAUUUAUACUAUUUUUAAGACAUAUUUACUUUUAUUAAUUCCAUUUAUUGCCCUAUCCUUAGGAAUAAUAAAAAUGAUCUUUAAAUGA